AUGUAUCGAACAUUGGUUCGUCGUAGUUCAACCUACGCGAGUGUCUAUAGGUCAAGUAUUGAACAUCCUGAAAGAUUUUGGAGCGAACAUGCACAUAAAGUUUUCUGGUUUAAAAAAUGGAAAUCUGUUUAUAAUAAAGAUAACUUAAUUCGACCACACUGGUUCGAUGGUGGACAGUUAAACAUGACUUACAAUUGUCUGGAUCGACAAAUUCCAAAGCAUGGCGAUCAAGCUGCUAUUAUACAUGACUCGGCAAUGACAAAGAAAGUAACUCGGGUAACAUAUAAACAACUUUUACAAGAAGUGAAAACAUUGGCAAAUGUUUUGAGUAAAAAAUAUGGAGUGAAGAAAGGCGAUGUGGUAUUAAUCUACAUGCCAAUGAUUCCACAAGCAAUUACUGCGAUGUUAGCUUGUGCUCGUAUUGGUGCUAUACAUACAGUGGUCUUCGGAGGAUUCAGUUCAAGCGAAUUAGCUGUUCGAAUCAAACAUUCUCAACCGAAGGUUUUAAUUUCAGUCAAUGCGGGUUUCGAACCUCAACGUGUGCUUAACUAUAAACAGAUUGUUGAUGAUGCAAUCAAAAAAUGUGAUCUCAAUAAUGAUUCAAUCAAGUGUAUCAUAUAUAAUCGACCAGAAGAGAAGAACGCAAAUUUAAUUUCGGGACGAGAUCAGGAUUGGAAUGAUGCAAUAGCGAGUGCACGUGAUAUUCAAGAUUGUCAACCCGUAGAAGCAAACCACCCACUUUAUUUACUCUAUACAUCAGGUACAACUGGUACUCCCAAAGCAAUUGUUCGUCCGACGGGUGGUUAUGCUGUUAUGUUACAAUGGACAAUGAAAUAUCUAUACAAUGUUCAUCCCGGAGAAGUUUGGUGGUCAGCUGCUGAUCUUGGAUGGGUUGUGGGUCAUUCCUACGGAUGUUAUGGUCCGUUAUUAAACGGAUCAACAACGGUCAUAUAUGAAGGCAAACCAGUCGGUACACCGGAUGCUUCAGCAUUCUUUCGUGUCAUUGAUGAACAUAAAGCUGUCGGCUCAUUUUGGUCGCCAACAGCAUUACGAAUCAUUCGUCAAAAUGAUCCAGACAAUACGCUUUCAACUAAAUAUCCGAUGAGACAUCUUCGAAGUUUGUUUGUCGCAGGUGAACAUUGUGAUCGUGAUACUUUAUUAUGGGCACGCGAGGUUUUUGGUCAUAGACCAGUCGUUGAUCAUUAUUGGCAAACAGAAACAGGUGCACCUGUUACAGCAGUUUGUCUUGGCCUCGAUAAACAUCCAGAUCUUGGUCCACCAGGUUGUGCUGGGCGUCCAUGUCCUGGCUACAAUCUUCAUUUAUUUUCUUCGGAUGCAGCGUCUGUCGAAGAAGAUGAAUGUUCAAAUGACGAAUUAGGUCGCAUUGUCAUUAAACUUCCAUUACCUCCCGGUUGUUUCACAACGUUAUGGAAAAACGAUGAUCUCUUUCAUGACACUUAUUUCAGCCGUUAUCCGGGCUAUUAUGAUACAAUGGAUGUUGGAAUAAGAACACCCGAUGGGUUUAUUGAAACAUCAUCUCGUGCUGAUGAUGUUUUAAAUGUGGCAGGUCAUCGUCUAUCAGGUGGACAUAUUGAACAAGCUAUUGUCGAAAGUGGAAAAGUUUCUGAAUGUGCAGUUAUUGGAUUAAAAGAUGAAGUCAAAGGUCAACAACCAUUUGCUUUUGUUGUUUUAAACAAAGCGGAAGAGAAAACUGAUCCAACGCAACUUGAAAAAGCAAUCGUAGCUGCUGUUCGACAAGAAAUUGGUCCUGUGGCUGCAUUCAAAAAGUUUGUUGCAGUGAAACGUUUGCCAAAAACUCGCUCAGGAAAAAUCGCACGAAAUACAUUAAAUUCUCUACUCAACGGCAAAUCAUUUCGAAUUCCAAGCACUAUUGAGGAUGCUACUGUAUAUGAUGAUUUACGCAAAGAAUUAAUACAAGCUGGUUAUACAAAUCUCGGCGAAGGAAAUUAA